GAAACUUGAGGUCUUCUUCAACGAGUGAACAUUUCGGAUAUCGAAUGAAAAUGCAAGUGACCUUGUUCACUGAAUCACUGUAAACAUCAUCCGCGAACCAAACAAAGUGCACCUGCAGCGAAUAUCGAAUGAAAAUGCUGACACCACUAAUCGAAAAAAUCCAGUCCUCCGUUUACACAGGCGCCAUGAGCAGGUCCCGAUUGGAUAGAAUCCUCUCCACAUUCGUCGUGGUGCACCCUCACGAGACCUCAGCUCUCCUCCACUCCUCAUCCUGCUUCUUCUUCAUUUUGUGCGCUUACUUUGUAGUGCUCCCGCUGCGCGAUGAGGGUGCAAUUUCCUUAGGCCUGUCGAACCUGCCGAGCCUGUUUGUGGGGUCAUUGGUCCUCACAUCGAUUGCCGCACCAGUUGCAACUCUCAUCUUCUCUUUGCCCAACGUUUCCAAAGGCAAGGCUUUGGUUUUGAUGCUCAGGUUUUUUAGUGUAUCACUUGUUGCAUUCUUCUUUCUAUGGCGUGCUUCGUCAGCUGGAUCACAAGCUGAGGUGAAGGGCUUGGUCAGUAUAGACACCGCGUCAGUAAAUGACGAAAAGGUAGUUGUUAAUCAUGCUGGUACAGCAUAUUCUGUAGCGUGGGAGAACCUUGGCCGGUUCUAUGUCUCGGUCAGAAUUGCAUUGUUCCUCUGGAUUGCCCUACUUAAUCUAAUUACAAUUUCCUCGACUUGGGCUAGAAUAAUCGAUGUCAUGGACAGUGAGUCAGGUUCAAGAUUAUUUGGUUUUAUUGGUGCCGGUGCCACACUAGGCCAGCUUUUUGGGUCAUUGUUUGCCACGGGAAUGGCUAGGUUGGGGCCAUUUCUACUGCUAUUUUCUGCUUUAUUAAUGGAGUUCGCUGCACAGUCAUCAAAGGGGAUAACCCUGGAUUUAUCUCAUUUCCCUGAGGAAUUAUCUCCCAUCAGAGAAUCUGACCCUGAUCGGAAGAAUGAGUCUGAUGGGCAAACCAUGCACAACAAAGGAAAUUCUCCCAAGUCACCUACUCCGGUGGUGAAGCCUCAGAUGUGGGCCAUUUUAGAUGGAUUUUGGCUUAUAUUGUCAUCAUCUUACUUGUUGUAUGUGUCCUUGUUCCUGUGGUUGAGUGCAGUUAUCUCUUCAUUCUUCUAUUUUCAGAAAGUGAGUGUAAUUGCCAUGACUGUUACUACCUCUCUUGGGAGAAGAAAAUUGCUGGCUCAGAUAAACAGCUUUAUUGCUGUUUUUAUCCUUGCCGGACAACUUACCAUAACGGGGCGUUUUCUAACCAUAGUGGGGGUUACUACAGCUAUAUGCGCGGCUCCAUUUGUUGCCUUCUUAAAUUUGGUUGCUAUAGCUGUCUGGCCAACUUGGGUAGCCGUUGCAAUUUCUGAGACCUUGCGGAAGUUUGUUACUUAUGUUCUGACCAGACCAGGUAGAGAACUCCUGUUUACUGUCGUCUCGCAGGAUGAAAAAUACAAAGCCAAGGUUUGCAUCGAUGUGUUUGUUCAAAGACUAGGAGAUGCUACAGCAGCAGGAAUGUACAAGCUACUUUUCAGCACUCUUAACGGAAGAGCGCCAACCGUCUCUCUCUACGGCCUGCCUGUCUGUUUGCUAUGGAUGGUUAUUGCGUUUCAUUUAGGUCGCCGUCAAGCUGAACUCGCAAAACUCCGGACACAUUCCACUUCCUAAUGUUUCUUGCACACAUUUUUUUGCUGUUUAGCCACUGUAAGAAAAACCGAAAAUAACAUAGAGCAUGUUGCCUCAGAGAUAGAUAUACGAUGAUGUACGAAAUGCAAGUUCUUUCAGCU